AUGGGAGCCGGAACGACCCUGUCAGCGGCAGUAGGAGCGGGUGGGACAGCAGAGUUCAGUGAGCCGAGUCACCAGACGCCACGGUUACCUCCCACCUGUGGAACAGACGACGCAUCCACCACAGCUACCGAGGAUCUGGACUUGCUCGAGAGCAUCAAAGAAGUCUUGGACGCUGAUUCCCGUCCGACUUUUGUUUUGGAUCUCGACCCCGACGACCCCCUGCCGAUCACUCCCAUCGAUACCACCGGCAGCCCCACCACCAGAGCCAAAGUCCUGCUCCCCGUAUUCUGCAACGCUGCCCUGCGACUGUACGAACAACUUUACGAUGGCCUCAUCGGUCUCGACGCUCAGGGCUUACCGCCAGAGCAAGAGCCUCAGGACGCCUCCUUCGAUGAGUUCAAGCGAUGGGCCACCGGCGUGACGACUCAUGACGACUCCAAGGACGUCUUUCCACUUUCGUUUCUCUACGGCGACCUCCUCUGGACCGGCUCUACCGUUAGGAAGCGAUGGCGCCUCAUCAGUGGGAACCGCUUGUGGCGCGCUGCUGAAGUUGCCAGUCCCGUUGGUGACCUGUCCUCUGGAGCACCAGCUGAAGUUGCGACAGGCGGCUUUGUCGCAGAACACAGCCUCAAGGCCGCAUCACAAAAAGCGCCACCGUCAGAACGCCCAACAGACACGAGUCUCCCCGUAUCAGGAACGACAAUAGCCGUUAGGUACUCCAAGCAAAAGUCGGGACGGCCUCCUCCAAAGUCGUUCUUUUCAACACGACAGACCCCGGCGGGAAGUUCUGACGACACCACAAAAUCAUCCGCAUCCAUCACCUUGGCUGCACCAGAGAAGUCAGUUGCCGACUGGACCUGUCCUGAGCCGAGAGGGGUACUCUCAGCUCAUCUUCAAUAUGCCCGGACCGUCAACUGGGCCAUCACGCCGUUGGGCCCAAUGGAGAAAUGGUCGCCAGAAUUCAAACAGACGGCCAACCUCUGCAUGAACAACCCUCACCCGGCCGCUCUGUUCUGGGGCAGCGAGCUGACAAUGCUGUACAAUGAAGCCUACGCCACCGAGGUGGCUGGCAACAAGCACCCUUCUCUGAUGGGCACCGGGUUCAGCGGUCCUUUUUCUGAGCUCUGGGACUACCUUCGCCCCAUUUUCGCUGAAUGUGCCCGAACAGGAAUAAGUGUGCGCAAGGAGGAUGAUUACUUGCCUAUUGACAGGCAUGGCCUACUUGAAGAGACCUUCUUCUCUUGGUCUUUUACUCCGAUGUAUGGGGGCACCGACCGAAUUCUCGGCUUUUACAACGCACCUUUCGAGACAACGAAACAGGUCAUCAACCGCCGGAGGAUGCAUACCAUCAACAAAAUUGGCGAACGAACAGCCCAAGCCAAGGCUGUUAAGCAAUUCUGGAAGUUUGUCUUGGAAGGUCUGCAAGACAAUGAACGCGAUGUCCCUUUUGCGUUGCUCUACUCGGUGGGCGAUGGAGAAGGCGAAGACAACGACCACUCUUCCAUGUCUUCAGGCAGCACCAUUUCGCUCAAGACAUGCCAUCUCGAAGGAUCCAUUGGAGUCCCCGAUGGGCACAUGGCAGCCCCGACGCAUCUUGAUCUCAAGCGGAGCCGCGAAGGGUUUGUGCCAUCCUUCCGCGAAGCCAUGCGCACCCGAGAACCAACCCUGCUUCAUACACGAGAUGGGACAUUGCCGGAAGUCCUCCUCGAGGGUAUCAACUGGCGCGGUUUUGGGGAUCCCUGCCGUGAAGCUGUCAUUUUUCCUGUCCGGCCGACUAAUGGGGAUGCGGUGCUUGCCUUCUUGGUGUUGGGCGUAAACCCUCGCCGGCCGUACAAUGACGAAUACAAGGCUUUUACCAGCAUGCUUAACCGACAGCUGGCCACGUCUUUGGCAUCCGUGAUCCUGUUCGAGGAUGAGACUCGGCGUAGCAGGGAUGCAGCGGAAGCAGCUGCAUUGGAGAAAGAGCAGUUGACACAACAGUUGAAUUUGCAAGCCAGCAGGUACAGACGCAUGACUGAGCUUUCUCCCCUCGGAAUGUUUCUCAUCAGCCCCGAGGGUGUUUUACGCGAGGCCAACGAUCGGUUUUUCGAGAUGACGGGCCACACCAGAGAUAACAACAGCCAGUACGAGAUGUCGUGGCUGGAUAUCAUGGUUGAAGAAAGCGCAAAUACGAUGAGAGAAGGCUGGGAGCGUCUGGUCAAGGAUCACUUGCCUUGGUCGGGAGAGUUGAAGCUAAGGAAGCCGCGGAUUAACCCAGCGUUGGAAACGAAUGAACCAAUGGAUUCCUGGGUUUUGUUCAGUGCCCAUGCUGAGUUAUCUCAUGAUAGCACGGUGAGAUCCGUAAUGGGUUCCAUCACAGAUAUCUCACAUCUCAAAUGGGCCCAAGGUCUGCAGAAUCGUCGGCUCCAAGAGGCCGAAGAGACAAGGAGACAGCAGAAUGAAUUCAUUGACAUCACCUCGCACGAGAUGCGGAACCCCCUCACAGCCAUUCUGCAGUGUGCCGACGAUAUUUUAUCGGCCUUGGGGGCCGGAGACAAUCAAUAUCAGGGCACAGAAGCGACAUAUCGAGGAAUUGGGAACGCUAGUUCAGUCACGCCACAAACCAUCCAGUCCUGUAUAGAUGCCGCUCAAACCAUCGCAUUGUGCGUGCAGCACCAAAAAUCCAUCGUGGAUGACAUCCUUACCAUCUCGAAACUGGAUUCAAAUUUGUUGCUUUUGACGCCUGUCCCCUGUCAACCGAAGCUUCUGCUGCGACGGGCUGUCAAAAUGUUUGAGCCCGAGUUACAGGCGAAGAAGAUUGAGGUUUCUUUCGACAUCCGGGAGACCUCUCUUACCGGACUCAGUGUGGACUGGGUAGCCAUGGACCCGAGCCGCGUCCUCCAGGUUCUCAUUAACCUUCUCACCAACGCCAUCAAGUUCACUGCGCCUGCCAAAGACAAGAGGCUGAUCACAGUUGCAUUGGAUGCAUCUUUGAAUCCUCCAGAUGCCCGCCUGAUCCCCGGGUUUCAGUAUGUUCCUGUAUCGUUCAAGGCAGCUGGUGGAUACGUUGACUCGAAAACAUCGGCUCUGGGACCGGAGGACGAGAUGCCCGAUGCGACAGCACCAGUUCCAUCCAGCGAGCUAUAUCUGUAUUUCCAUGUGCAGGACAGUGGCUGUGGCUUAACGCACGAAGAGAAGCAGAUAUUGUUUCAGCGAUUUAAGCAAGCCUCCCCACGGACUCAUGCGCAGUACGGCGGAAGUGGACUAGGAUUGUUCAUUUCCAAACGACUGGCUGAGCUUCAUGGAGGGCAGAUUGGAGUGGCGUCGGAAGCAGGGGUGGGGAGUGUCUUUGGUUUCUUUGUCAAGGUGAGGAGAGCCGCCCCCUCUCCUGUAUCACGCGAAGAGGAGGAUGCCUUCCUCGCAGCGGUUGGGCCAAUGGAAAGACACUUGCAUCCAGUAGGCGAACGAAAUACCUCUUUGCUCAGCAGUGAAGCUGUCAAGCAGGAGGGCAAAGGAUAUUCUGGAGUUUCUUCCGCCGAAUUCAGUUCGGGCGCGAGCCUAGUUGGUUCUAUGGCACUCGAGGCAGCACCGGCACGACCGCAGCCAUUUUCAAGAAUUGCAUCCGAUGUCUCAUCAACAUUCGACCCGAAGCAGCUUGAUAUUUUGGUCGUUGAGGACAACCUCAUCAAUCAAAGGGUUCUUGUAAGGCAACUCAAACAGUAUGGAUGCAAUACGGUCGGCGUUGCGAAUGAUGGCUUGGAAGCGCUGGCCUUUCUUGAGAAGACGCACUUUUGUCGGACCUCUGAAGAGAACCCGGGCCAGGAUCUAUCCGUCAUACUCAUGGACUUGGAAAUGCCCAACAUGGAUGGCCUAACUUGCGUCAGGGAAAUUCGCAAGUGGCAACAGGAAGGAAAGGUGACCAAAGGGAAGCACGUUCCUGUCAUUGCAGUUACCGCCAACGUGCGAGACGAGCAAGUGGCCACUGCGAGAAAGAGCGGAAUGGACGAUGUUGUGUCUAAACCUUUCCGCAUCAAGGAUCUAAUGAAGAAAAUCGAAGUGUUGUUGGGGCAGGAUUUGGCAGGAUCACAGGCACAGCCGGAGCACGCAUAA